UGCCGCCGCCCCCGGCCCGGCCGCGCUUCCGCCCGCGUCAGCUGACUCUGCCAGGCAGCGGCCCGGCCCGGCCCCGCGGAGCCUCCGGCGCGGCCAGCCCGCAGCAUGGCAGGGGUCGUGGUGAGCGGAGCACAGGUGUCCUACAUUAGUCAGGACUGUGAAGAAAUUCCAGAAUUCCUAGGAAGGAAAUAUGGACACAUGGCAAAAAGGCUAGAUCUUAGCUUCAACUUGUUAAGGUCACUAGAAGGACUGAAAACAUUCAGUUACUUGGAAGAACUGAUCUUGGACAACAAUCUACUUGGAAAUGACCUUCUGUUACCCAGGUUACCCCACCUCCAUACCUUAACGCUCAACAAGAACCAAAUAACAGAAUUAGAAAGCCUUUUGGACCAUUUGGCUGAAGUUGUGCCCUCACUACAGUAUCUCAGUUUGCUUGGGAACAUUGCUUGCCCAAAUGAACUGGUCUGCAAAGAAAAGGAUGAAGAUGACUACCAGAGAUACAGAUAUUUUGUCCUGCACAAAUUGACAAACCUGAAAUUUCUCGAUACUCGGAAAGUAACCAGGAGGGAGAGAGAGGAAGCCUUGAUAAGAGGUGCCUUCAUGAAAGUGGUUAAGCCCAAGGAUGCGAAGGCCUCCAGUGCUGCUGCCUCUGCCUCUCCAGAGAUGCACUACACACCUCUGCCUUCUGGAUCCAGAGACCUCACCAACCACAGAGGCAUUUUGGGGAAAUGUCGCUACAUUUACUAUGGAAAACAUUCCGAAGGCAACAGAUUCAUCCGAGAUGACCAGCUAUAAAACACAGUGCUGUUUUGUGCCUCUUCAGUCCCUCCACAUAAGAAGCACAAAUCACAUCUACAUUUUAAGCAUGUAACUAAAGUCCUCUAGUGCCUUCUGCUGACUUUGCCAAGCCUGUCAAGAUCAUCCUUCUAUCUUAGUCUGAGUAGUCACAUAGAGAUUGACAUGAUUGCCUUUAAGCAGGUCCCAUCCACCAGUGUGACAGACAGCUGCAGCCGAGCACCCGGCCUGACAGGAGGAGCACGGUGAUGGAUUGCCUGGUCCGAGUGCUGCUCGCAGGAGAGCAGGGGUCACACCUGGGGCUGGACUGAGCCCGCUCCAUCCGUGGCGCCUCCGCAAAAGCACCGCGUUUAUCUCUGCCUGGCCUGUUGAGCCAAAGUGGAUGCUGAUAUCAAAGUGUUUAUAAAAGAGAGAGGCUGUAAUUUCAGAUGAAAAAGCCUUUAUCUGUUCUUAUUUUUUUCACUGUGAAUUAAGUGCUUGUGUUUCUAUCAUCUCAUACAUGCUUACACAAAUCCUUUCACAGUUUGGUAGUACACCCACCUACCCCCAAAAUGAGCCUAUUUUUUUCUUUCAGCAGGGAAAAAUAUAUAUCCUUAAAACAUUCUGGCCAGGCAAAACACUGUCAAUUUGUAUAGAUGUUUAUAUGCAAAGGAAAAGGGUUUAAGCAAUAUCCCAGACAAAUUUUUCUAUUUCUUGAAUCACAUCUCAUUGUUUACUUACCUUCAGAAAAGUGAACAUUUCUUUAUGUUGUAAAAUAAUGUCAUAGCUUAACUGUUUACACUUGGAAGAAGUCCUCGUUAGUGAUGUUGACAGUGUGUAUUAUUCCUGGUUUAUUGCACAAGCUAUUUUUAACUUUUAGGGAUGAUGUUUAGAAUUAAAUGCUUAAAUUUGGGGAAAAACGUGCUUAAAAGGAAUGAUAUAAAUCUGCCAUCAGAUGGGUGUGAUUAUUUAGAGGGGAAAAAUGUCAACAAAAGUAACUGGUGGAAUUAACAUAAUUAGCAGCUUUAGUAAUAUAUUGGAGAGAUGAGUUCUGAAUAAUCCCUUUUGAUUUCUGUGCAAGAACGGCUAUUGUCAGAUUUUCAGUCAAGAAAAUAAAAAGGCAUGGCAAAUUUCCUGCUUUUCUGAUAAAGAGGUUGGACAUAUUUAGAAUCAUUAACUUGUUACUGUGGAAAAAAAUAAAGUCCAUACUUCAUGCAUAUAUUGUGUUAAGUUCUACUUGAUACAAUGGGAUUAGCCAAGGAAUAUGCAGAAAUUCUGACCUCUUGGCUGUUCCAAACGCAUUCAUAUUGAUCCCAUUUUUUAUUGAGAGCUAUCAGUGCCUAGCUGUUCUUGGUUUGUUUGAAAUUACUUGGUGGUCUUUAUUCACUUUCCUGGUUAAAAAAAAUACCAGUCUUUAGAAACUGUCUACCUUGGGGGCUUUUAUCAGCUGGCACUACAGGUGGAAGUGAACUGAACGUGGAAGCCAGUCGUGAAAGCAGAUGUGACUGAUGAAAUAGUGAGGCACUGGCUGGGUGCCAAAGGAAAGCUUGCUGCUGCUCAGCAUUUUAGGCCUCACUCAGUAAACGGAAGCCUUUGCUCACUCUGCAAGUAUAUAAUAAAUCUUUAACAGAUACUUUAAAUCACUGAUGAACAUAGAACGAUCCAGUUCACACCACUUGUAGUUCAAAUGGAGCUCUGAGCUGUUUGAUUGGUGUCUGGAAAGCACAUUUUAGCCACUUGUCAUGCCUCUUCUACUGUCAUACGUGACUACAAAUGAAAGGUCAAUUCACAUUGCAAGUCCGAGGAGAUACCAGAUAAAUGAAAACUACAUGCCUUUUUCUUUAAUGAAAAAUAUUAAUAGGGCACUUGUCAUCUCUUUUCAUUACCAAAAUAACAGCAAUCUUAGUUUGUUCCUGUCAUGAUGCCUGUUUUGAAGCCUCCACACAUUUUGGCUAUGGCAAUGUUCUAGGCAGCAGGAUUUGUUAUAGGGUUGUUUAGAAUAACCUAAUGUCACUUUCAGUCUGUUUGCAUAUAUGUUCUUGUCCUUAUAAAAGGCUUUAACCCUGCCUCAAACAAUAAACAGCACUUGCAAACUGACCACAUGAUUUUUCCAUCUUUAUUUUGUUUGUUUACUUUUCCUAAUGUCAAAACCAUUUGUAUCAUUUUCAGGAGUGUUUUCUUCCUAGUAAGGCUUCGGAGGCAAAAAAUAUUUUUGGAAUGAAAUUUGAACAAAUUCUCUUCCACUUUGGAUUUUGUUUUCACUUGGGGGAUUAUGUACCUAGAAUUAAAUAUGGUAAAUAUAUUAAAUAUGGUAAAUAUAAGUAACUGAAAUCUGCUUGAAGGGAAUUCACACUAAACGUCUCUAAUUCUGGAAAAUCCAAAAUAAAAUCUGUGAAUAAUUAUUUUGUAUUACUAGCAUGUAUUAAGAUAUUUAAAAACAUGCAUGGAUGUGUAUUACUGUUUAUGCAAACAUCUUUUUUCUUUCUAAAUAUGCAGAGCAUUUUAUUUUCAGAUGUGUUCUGCUGCAAUUUUGGUUCAAGAGAUGGCAGAAUUUUCACACUUGGGGUUGCUAGCUAUACUUGGUUCUUUCCAAAGUGGGAACUGUACCUGAAUUUCUUAAAUGAACUAUCAUUUAGGAGGAAAUGUAAUUUUGCCUACAAAAUUAAAAAUAUUUCAAAAUAUUUAAAAGGAACCACUCUAGUCUUAGUGUUGUGUUGUAACUUCAGUCUUAAGUUCAGUCUUGAGAUGACCUUUGCCUUUUGUCAGACAUCACGUCUCCACAAAUGAAGACUAGGAGGCAAAUGUUUUUACUAGGAGAUGCCUAUAGAAGCUGUGCUUACUACAUUUGUAACUUCAUGUAUUGAAAAUGUUAAUCCCUAACCUUGAAAUUAGAAACAAGGAAAAGAUCCAAACUAGAAAUUCACUCCAAUGUCACAAAGAUAAAUGACCUUCAGUGAAAAUCCUGCUGUUAUGGGUACACAAACCUAACUUUAGAGCACAUUGGCUUUAAUUGAAUCUGUUGCAUGCAUAAAUGAUUUAUGGGAUUGCUGAAAGUAUGUCACCACUGAAGCCACUUUUUUCUCCUUUCUUAAGGCUGAGUCUCACAGUAUUUAUUCUAGUAUUUGCCUUACUCAAACUGUGAGUAUCUUUGAAGUCAAUGUGUUAGCCAUGAGAAUUAGAGUUAGUAAGUUUUGGAAGGCUGAUAGGCAACCCUUUUUAAUACAUUUGUUCUUUGAGCAGAUUAUUACUUGAUUGCUGACUGUUCAAUUCUCACAUCUUUACAGAUGAAAAAUCAGUGUGUGCUGGUGUACCAUUGCUCCCAUAUAAGACAGAAGAAAGAAACAAACCUGUCUGUGCUUUUGAAAAUGCUUUCUGUAAAAUAAAAGGUUUCAUUUGCUGCCAGU